AUGUCCCAUUUUCAAGCUCUCUAUGGCUAUGUACCACCUCACAUGGCAUUUCCUACUUCUUCCACCACAUCUAUAGCAGUUGUUGAAACUUAUCUUAAAGAAGGAGCUCAAAAGAAGGACCUACUUAAGGAGUCACUCCACGGAGCUCAAAAGAUGAUGAAGUUGCAUGCAGACACCACUAGAGUUGAAAGAUCCUUCAAUGCGGGUGAUCUGGUGUACCUUAAACUGCAACCUUACAGGCAGGCAUCUGUAACAGUUAGAAGAAAUUUUAAGCUUUAUGCAAAAUAUUAUGGACCCUUUCCUAUACUGCAGAAAAUUGGUCCAGUAGCUUACAAGAUUGAGUUACCUUCUCAUUCACGGAUACACCCAGUACUCUAUGUCUCUCAACUGAAAAAACACAUUGGUACUCAGCUUAUUCCUUCUCUUACUAUGCCAGUGGUGGGUCUUCAUGGUGAUAUCAUUAUGGUUCCUGAAAGAGUGUUGCAGCAGAGGACUGUGCUGAUUGGCAGCAAAUUGAUACGCCAGGUCCUAAUCCAGUGGACCAAUUCAUCACCAGAGAAUGCUACUUGGGAGGCCAUCACCAAUAUCAGAACACACUAUCCAAGAUUCAUCCUUGAGGACAAGGAUCCUGCUCAGGGGGAGGCAAUGUUGUAUACUUAA